AUGUCUUCAAUACCAAACCUCCUCUCGCUGAGAGGCAGUGCGAGAGGUGGGCGGGGUGGUCGCCACCGAGGCCGUGGAGGCACGUCUUCAACGAGUGGCCCUGGACACGACGCCACGAUUCAAGGAACAGAUACAGAUGCCGCAGUGUCGCGCCUAAGCGCUGUCGACGUUGGCUUUCUCAAUGACCCCUUCGCGCAGUUCUUUGUCCAAGGCGGCCCUGGUGCCCCUGUUCGCAGACUGCCCAUCAUCAAUAGAGGGACAUAUACCCGCACCACUGCUCUUGACAUCCUGAUAGACUCAUUCAUUUUCGGGUCGGAUGGCUUGUCAUCAGCGUCGUCAGAGCGUCAGAUCAUCUCCCUCGGCGCGGGCACAGACACGCGCAGUCUGCGUCUCUUCUCCGAGGCCAAGGCCAAGGGCGUUACCUAUCACGAGAUUGACUUCCCUGUGAUCUGCACCCGCAAGCUGAACACUGUCAAAGCUACGCCGCUGCUCAUGAGAGCUCUCCCCAGUCCCAGCGUUGGCGACAAGGGUUCCUGGCAGGCAAAGACUGAUGAUGGAAAUCAGUACUGGUGCCAUGGCAUAGAUCUUCGUGAGCUGGCCCACGCAGACCUAUCGGCUAUGGAUGGUUUAAGGACCGACAUCCCGACGCUGCUGAUAUCCGAGUGCUGUCUCUGCUAUCUCGAGACGUCGGAGGCCAAGGAUGUCAUCAAGUGGUUCACGGACAAAAUAGUCGACCUUGGCAUUAUCAUCUACGAACCGACGGAUCCCGACGACUCCUUCGGCCAGGUCAUGAUAUCGAACCUGGGGUCGCGAGGCAUCGUUAUGCCGACCCUAGCAUCCUACCGAAAUCCAAGCCAGCAAGAGGCGAGGCUGAAGGAGGCAGGCUUCGAGAGUGUAAGGAAACUAACGGUGAAGGACAUAUGGACUACUUGGAUACCCGAAGAAGAAAAAGAGAGAGUCAACAGUCUGGAAGGGUUGGACGAGGUUGAAGAAUGGGACCUGCUGGCAAGCCACUACAUCAUCGCCUGGGGCUGGCGAGGGCAAGGUUUCAAGGCGUGGGACAGGCGAUGA